AUGUUCAUCUUCUCAAGAGUUCAAGUUGUAUACUUUACCUUAUCAUUUCUUCUUUGUUCUGGAAGUCACCUUGUAAGAAGAGCAUUUUACAAACAUAUGGUAAUAUGUAGAGGAUUUAGACCUAUAGGAAUGUGUACCAGAGAGUAUUUUCCAGUCUGUGCAACCAAUGGGCGUACUUAUUUCAACAAAUGCACUUUCUGUUUAGCAUACAGAGAAAAUGGUGGUUCAUUUACUAUGUCACAUUUUGGCAAAUGCUGA